GAUCCACCAUAAUCCCCUGGUUUCAAAAGACACCAGUGAUUUUCACACUUGACGCAAUGGAAGUGGCAAUGGACCCGCUGUUUCUGGCCUGGAGUUACUUCAGAAGGCGGAAGUUGCAACAGUGUUCGGAAAUUUGUUCCAAAAUAUUACAAGACAGCCCGUUCGACCAGGACUCUUCCUUGUCUGUUUCUGAGGCCGCAUGGAGUCUAAAAACACGGGCACUUACAGAGAUGGUCUACAUUGAUGAAAUUGAAGUUGAUCAGGAAGGAAUUGCUGAGAUGACACUGGAUGAAAACGCCAUUGCUCAGGUUGCACGCCCCGGAACAUCUUUAAGACUGCCUGGAACAAGUCAUGGAGGUGGUCCCACGCCUGCUGUCAGGCCCAUGACUCAGUCAGGGCGUCCCAUCACAGGAUUCGUAAGGCCCAGCACCCAAUCGGGACGCCCUGGCACAAUGGAGCAGGCAAUUAAGACGCCGCGCACCGCAAGUACGGCUCGGCCCGUCACUAGCGCCUCGGGUCGAUUCAUUCGUCUGGGAACAGCUUCCAUGUUAACCAAUCCAGAGGGACCCUUUAUAAACCUUUCAAGGCUAAAUAUGUCAAAGUAUUCACAAAAGCCUAAUCUGUCCAGGACUCUCUUCGAAUACAUAUUCCAUCAUGAAAAUGAUGUAAAAAAUGCACUCGAUUUAGCUGCUCAAGCAACCGAACAGGCUCAGUUCAAAGACUGGUGGUGGAAAGUCCAGCUGGGAAAAUGCUACUACAGACUCGGUUUGUACCGAGAGGCCGAAAAACAGUUUCGAUCAGCUCUCACACACCAAGAAAUGGUGGACACGUAUCUCUAUCUUGCUAAGCUCUAUCAGCGUCUGGACCAGCCGAUAACAGCCCUCAACCUGUUCAAACAAGGCUUGGACCACUUUCCUGGCGAGGUCACUCUCCUCACGGGAAUCGCUCGCAUUUACGAGGAGAUGAACAACAUGGCAUCCGCCACAGAGUACUACAAAGACGUCCUAAAGCAGGACAACACUCACGUGGAGGCCAUCGCUUGCAUAGGCAGCAAUCACUUCUACUCGGAUCAACCUGAGAUCGCGCUGCGCUUCUACAGGCGGUUACUCCAGAUGGGGGUAUAUAAUUGCCAGCUUUACAACAACCUGGGCUUGUGCUGCUUUUACGCUCAGCAGUACGACAUGACACUGUCGUCUUUCGAAAGAGCGCUGACGCUGGUGGCCAACGACGAAGAGCAAGCCGACGUGUGGUACAACAUCGGACAAGUUGCCGUGGGUAUAGGUGACACGACUUUGGCCUACCAAUGUUUUAAACUGACGUUGGCUUUUAACAAUGACCAUGCCGAGGCUUACAACAACCUCGCCGUGCUGGAGCUGCGCAAAGGUCGUGUAGAACAGUCUAAAGCCUUCCUGCAAACAGCUGCCUCGCUGUCUCCUCACAUGUACGAGCCUCACUACAAUCUGUCCAUUCUCUGUGAAAAGAUUGGGGACUUACAAAGCAGCUACAUCGCGGCCUUAAAGUCUGAAGACGCCUUCCCCGAACAUGUUGACACUCAACAGGUCCUGGUGCAACUUCGCCAGCAUUUUGCAGCGCUGUGAAGUCUUGGAAUUUGGAAAGCUAACUUGGGUAGAUGAUAUUUGUCUGUAGCAGUUUUGCUUUCAACUGAGGCUCCAAAUGCUUAUCUGUGUUUAAUCCGGAUAACUGUCAUUCUAUUUCAUCCCCGCUGACCAUUAGAGACCAUGAUCCUUUCGUGCAUGUGCAGUACGAGUAGCAAUACAACCAAAAAAAGUCACCUGUGACCCCUGGAAAAGAGAAAAAUUCCAGUGACAACUGAGUUCCGGUCCAUACAGAACUGGUCGAAGAAGAUGUUUCUUUAUUAACAGGGGAAAAUGAUCAUUUCAUAUUCCAGGAAUUCCUCAAAAACAUACUGUUUUUUUCCUGACUAUACAGUAAAGGGAAAAAAUUAGGAUACCCCAUUAAAUAUUCAGUUCUUUAUCAAGAAAUGUUCACAUAUCUGAUCUUGUUUUUCCUUUAUCUCUGGAAGAGAAAGUGAUUUCACUGCUGGUAAACAACAAAAAAUUGUUUUACUCAUUAAACCAAGUAUAUCAACAAAAAUGUAUAUUCUAACUGAGGAAAAAUUUAGGACACUCUACCACUUAAUAGCUAGUGUUACCCCCUUUGGCUGAAAUAGCGCUUUUUGUAGCCAUCUACCAGUCUUUGACAUCAGUCUGAAGAAAGUUUGCCCCACUUCUCAACGCAGAAUACUUUCAGCUUUGAGAUGUUUGUAGGGGUUUCUUGCACGUACAGCCCGUUUGAAGUCACCCCACAGCAUCUGAAUGGGAUUAAGAUCUGGGCUUUGAUUAGGCCAGUCCAGUUUUCUCCAUUUAUUCCUUUUCAGACAGUCCUUGAGGGAUUUACUGGUAUGUUUUGGGUCAUUGUCAUGUUGCAGGGUCCAAUUUCGCAUCAGCUUUUUUUUUCCUCAGAUGAUCUCAAAUGUUCCUCAAGCACCCUCUGAUACACGAUAGAGUUCACGGUGGAUUUUAUGAUGGUGAGCUGGCCAGGUCCUGCUGUAGCAAAGCAUCCCCAAACCAUGACACGUCCAUCUCCAUGAGUCACAGUUGGGAUGAGGUUCUUUUCCUGGAAAGCUGUAUUGGGUUUACGCCAAACAUGUCCUCUAUUCUGGUGUCCAAAUAAUUCAAUUUUAGAUUCAUCUGUCCAAAGAACAUUAUUACAGAAGUCCUGCUGGCAAACCUCAGUCUGGCCUUCAUGUUCUUCUUAGAGAGCAAAGGUUUUAUCCUUGCACACCUCCCAUGAAGGUUAAACUUGUGAAGUCUAUUUCUGAUUGUAGAGGCAUGCACUUUCACAUCAACAAUAGCAAGAGCCUGCUGUAGGUCCCGUGAUGACAUUUUAGGGUUUAUGGAGACUUCUUUUAGCAUCUUCAAGUUCAGCUUUAUUGUCAAAUAUGCAUAUACAGUACUUACAACAUACGGCACAGAUGAAAUUGCUUUCCUCUCUCCCCACGUGCAAACAUGCGUAUAAAAACACAGAGCAUAAAAGAAUUAAGAAAUAAUAAUAAUAGAUAAAAAUAAUAAUAAAUAAAAUAGCAACUGGACUAUGUACAAACAAAAUGAAUGUAAUUUAAAAAUGUAAUAUGGUGCAAAAGAUGUGUACAAAAGUGACUUGAAGUUAGGUAGUGCAUUUUCAAGAGAGAAAGAAAUAGCAGCUGAAUAUAACAGUCCUGAGUGAAUAUUAAAGUACGCUAGUGCAUUGGACGGCAGGGGUUGAUGGAAGGGGGGUUACCUUAUUUGGCAGAAGGUAGAGGGGUACGAAGGGGUAGUGCAGGGAGGGAGUUCAGAGCCCUGACAGUCUGGUGGAAGAAGCUGUCCUUGAGCCUGCUGGUUCUGGCCUAGAGACUCCGAAGUCUUCUCCCCGACGGCAGCAAGCUGAAGAGGCUGUGGGAUGGGUGGGUGGGGUCACCCGCAAUCCUGGUGGCUUUGUGGAUGAGGCGGGAGUUGUAGAAAUCAAGGAGGGGCACCGAUGACCUUCUCAGCUGCUCUCACGAUGCGCUGCAGGGUCUUGCGGCAGGCCACAGUAGAGGUUCCAUACCACACGGUGAUGCAGCUGGUCAGGAUGCUCUCGAUGGUGCCCCUGUAGAAUGAGAGCAUGAUGGGGGCCGGGGCUCUUCCUGAGUUUACGGAGGAAGUACAGGCGCUGAUGGGCUUUUUUGGCCAGUGGUCUGGUGUCAGGGUGAAGUUGCUUGGACGGCCAGACCUGGGCUUGCUGGCAGGUGUUUUGAAUGUCUUCCACUUGUAGACUAUUUUCCCAACAGUGGAAUGGCUGAUUUUAUAUUCUUUUGAGAUCUUUUGAAAUCCCUUACCAGACUCAUAAGUGUCUACAAUCUUCUUUCCGAACGCCUCAGACAGCUCCUUUGAUCUAACCAUGGUGUUUUCUCUCACUUCAACAGUCAGGGGCACAACAAACUAAAUGUGAGGUUUUAAUAAGGCAAGUCUCCUUCAAAACACCGGGUAAUGAUGUUCUUGUUACUUUGGCCAUUUUAAAUGGGAUUGAAUGUGGGGGUGUCCUAAUUUAUUCCUCAACAGAAAUUGCAUUUAUUUAAAAUUACAUUUUGCAGAAGGUUAUAAAAAUCUUUUUCAUUUUUAACUGUUUAAUUCUAAUACUUGAAUCUCUCAUGAUUGUUAAAAUUGAUGAUAAAUAUACAUAUGACCAAAUAUGUUAGAAAACACACAGGCUUCCAUAAGGUGUCCUAAUUUUUUCACAUGACUGUAAAUCGCAGUUUUUUUUUUCCAUAGUUGGUCAUGGGUGCGAUUUAUAAUCCAGAGCGACUUCUAUAUGAAAUUAUUAAAUGCUUUUUUUUUUUUUUUUUUUUCUUGUGUGACUUAUAGGACGGAGCAACAUUUAGUCUGAAAAAUAUAGUACUUUUGAUAUUGUUACAUUUACAUUUUUAACUUAGCUUUAUACAUUUGCAGAAAUUGUAGUUUUUGUAUAAAAAAAAAAAACACUUAAAUCUGAAUUAAAAAAAUGAAAAAGCUCCAAAACAAAACAAAAAAAACAUGAAAAAACUGAAAAUUGACCCCCCCAAAAAAGGAAAAAUCUUUCAGAAGAACUUAAAUUAAGAAGAACCAUCUCUCAGAUUCUCAGUGGACGGAACGCUCAGUUCAGCGCUUUUAGCACCGCCUAUGGCGGUCAUUCGGGAUUCAUUGAGCUGUAGUUCCAUACGUAACUUUCGUUUAUAUGAGUAACUGUUUUCGUAGCGUACAGUAACAUGUAAAGCAAUGUGUAUGUACUUUGUAAAGACAAAGAUUUUAUUAAUUGUUUAUAUAUCUUUUGUAGUUGCUUAAUAAAUCUCAUUCUGUCUGUCGUAACGAUCCUUGUGUUUUGGCGUUCAUAUUGCGCUAACUGGCAGACAUUUCACAAAUCCAUUUCAGAUUGUAAGUGCACGGAGCAUCAUUCCAGCCCUUAAAGGGGUUGCUUCUUGGGUAGGUGGCUGCACAGUCCUCAUUACCCGAGUUAUUGGGCUCACCAUCAUUCCAGAAGCUGAAACAAACAACAAAUGAUAUUAUUUGACAUUGGAGUCCAUUAUGUAACAGUUGAGUACAGUAUUUGUCAUUUUCAGUGGUGGGUAGUAACACGUUACAUUUAUUUGAGUGACUUACGGAGAAAAAUGUACAGUACUUCUAAGAGUAGUUUUACCAAGCCAUACUUUUUUCUUUGUGUAGAUUUAUGAACAGUUUUGCCAAUUAGAUGUUUGAACAAAAAUCACAUGACUCUACGAUGCCAAUCAGACAUAACAAUUCAGUCACAUGACCACACACAAGCUUGCAGUCGGAAGUCCAAUGAUGACGCAGGCCAGUUCAAUCAUGUGGCGUCUCUGAAGCAAUGUAAAUAUGAAAGUAUUUGACACUGAGUUAACAUUUCAUGAUUUCAUGAUCUCUACCAAUUUUUAUUUGACACCAACAGACAACGGAAAACCAGAGAUAUGAUCGUUUUCAUUCCAUAGUAGGAUUUUUUUUUUUUCUCCACUACAUGGCACUCAUGGUCUGGACUGAUUCUUGUCUGAAUUUGAUUACAGGUAGUCCCCGGAUUACAAACGAGUUCCGACAUAACCCGACUGGCGACAUAACCCGAAUUUCCGCGCGAGUCGGAAUUACCCCUACAUACCGCGCAAAUCUCAACAUUACUAUCAAAAAACAUACAUUAUACGUCAUUGUACCGUCCUCACCAAGACCUUGGAGCUAAGUCCUAGCUAGACAGCGAGCUAAGCUCCGAAAUGACGAUAUCAGACGUCGUAUGGUUUGCUGACUUUAUUCAGCUGCUCAUGACGUCACCACUUGCAGAAUGAAACUAAAAUAAAUGAAAUUAAAUCAGUUUCAUCUUCAAUAACAGCAAUUCAAAUUUGCGUUUUUAACUAGCUGCUGAUACAGCAAUAACAAUCCACACAAAAGAUUAGCAUGUAUCAGUUACCGUCCAAAUAUCAUAAAAGUAAUCACAUAAACUCU